CCCUCCGCGCGCGGCGGCGGCGGCGGCGGCGGCGCGGGCGCUCCUCCGGGCCGGCCCCGGCGGUCGCGGCACAGUCCCGCGGGCCGCAGCGCGGUGCUAAUAUGGGGCCACCGUCCGCCGCGCAGCCUUCUCGGCCACUGCCGCCGGCUCCCCUGGCGGGCGGGCGAGCGGGCGGGCACGACGCGGGCCCCGCCUCCGCCGCGCCCUCCCCCGCCUCCGCGCCGGGCCUCGCGGGCUCGGCGCGCUACUCGGAACCGCACCGCAUGCUGCCGCCUCUGCCACUCGCUCGGGACCGCCUCGCCGCGGCGGGCCGGGCUGCAGGGCGCCCGCGCAGGCCUCUAGGGCGAGGUCGUCACAGCGCGCGGCGUGCGGCCGCCGGUGCGGCUGCGCGGGGCUAGCCGAGGCGCCGGGCGCUCACCGGAAGCGCCGCCCCCAACCUCCCCUGUUCCACAAAGCCCAGAGGCACUUCCGUCCCGGCGCUGGACUUAACGGUGUUUCGAGGACACUACCCUGCCUGCCUGAGGCGCGGGGCGGCGCGGAACCGAGGGGAAGGCCCCGGACGGGAGGCUUGUUCACGAGGGCUCGGCCCUGCCGUCCGGACCGGGCGGUGCCCACCUGAACCACCGAUAAAGAGACUGCCGCAGCAAGAUUCAGACUUUGGGAGAUUACUCCCCUCUGAGCCCGCCAGUGUGAAAUAAAGCCUCAACAGUCCAAGACCUCCGAGUGCGUGCUUGCUUCUUCCAUCAGUGAUCCAGUCCAGGUUUUUCCAGUAUUUUCCAAAACAAUUCCAGUACCUAUCCCUCCCUGCCUUACCCUAAAGAGAAGAAACUUUCACUAUUCCUCUAUCACUCACACUAGGCAUACCCAACCGUUUUUUUAAUAAACUAAUUUUCUGUUUAAAUCA